UACCUUGACAGCGAGAUGCCGGAAGAGCGAGACUGAACCGAUAACAAAUUAAGAGGCACUUAAACACGCUUCACAAGAGAUACAAAUUAUGUUUUCGCACUCCGUGAAGACCCAGAAGCAAGAUGCUGGGCAGCCUUCAAUUGUUAAAUCAAAAUCCAUGUCCAGAAAACAAAGAAAUGCUGCUCUACAACAUCCACCAGUCCACAGAAUGACAUCCAAACGCCGAGAAAAGACUUGUGAAAACUCCUUAGAAAGGAUGCCACUGGAGAUCAUUCUCAGGAUUCUCUCGUACUUGGGUACUGGGUCUCUUUUCUGCAUUGGUUUUGUCAACAAGCACUUCCAUGAACUGUCCAACAGCAAUGCUAUGUGGUAUCAGUUUUACAUCCAUGAACGUACCAAAAAGAAGAAAGCCAGCCAAGAAGACCAGAUGAUACAUGUCCUUGGUAUGGUGGGUGUGCAGGAGAGGCCGAAGGGAUACUGGAGACACACGUUCUUCAAAGAAAUUGCCGGCCUGAACUUGAACAAGUGGAGAACGAAACUACGACUCAUCGACCCUUUUUCAGGACUGCCGCGUCAUACAGAGGAAGUCAUAAGGAGUCUGUGCAUUACAUGGGAGAUCACAGUGACUGAUGGGAGAGGACGGCAGAGCACCUUUGAGCAGUCUCAUGCCUCCUUCAGUAGUACGGCUGUUUUUGUGCUCUGGGGUGCUGUCAGUUGGCCUCCUUUCAACCAGCUCACCUCGCUUGAGCUUCAUGGAGUGUUGCGGGUGCCACUCAAUUGUCCUGCUCCUUACAGGCCGGGCUGGAAAUCAGUUAUGUCCAAAGUAAAGCUUCAAAGAGAACACAGUGAGUUGUGUGUUUCAGACAAGAUUGUCAAGAUGCUGUAUGUUGGACAGGGCGUAACUUUGGGAUUCUGGAAGAUUUCUGAUGGUUAUCUUCCACUGGAAGUGAUCAGUGAGAAUGACAGAUCUCCAAAUAUUCAUCUGGUUGGAGACGUCAGCUUGCCUUGGAGGACUGAAGCUUUACAUGGAACUAUCAAGGACUGUUGCAUGAUCAGCCUCACUGUAUGGGAUGAAGCCAAGCAGCCUUUUUGGUGUGUCAGCGCUCCUGUUGUGAUGACAAAAGCCAGUCAGGACACAGUAUCUUAUGAUUUUGAUGGCGGGAGUUUCUCCAUUCUAUACCAAGACUCAGAGGGGAGGGUUGAGAUGAGGCUGAAGCAGAUGGAGAAUAAGGACCAGUAUUUUGUGGUAAAUCUAGUGAUUUACAUUGCUGUCGCCAAAGUGAAUAAGCACUUUGGGAGAGAUUACUGAAGCCUUCGUAUGCCAUUUCAGUUUGUAUGACGACCGUUUUACUAUAUUUGACUUAUGAACAAGCAGGGACGCUGCAGUAACUCAGGAUUGUAGCAAGAUUUAACUCCUGUCAAGAUUAUUGUAGCUUUUUCUUGUCAGGUUAAUGUUUUGGUUGAAUGUUUCUAUACAUUUUAAUAUCACCAAACACAUAAAUACACAUUUUCACAGAUCUUUAUAUUUGUAAUCGCAGGCUAUAAAAGUCAUCCUGUCACAAAGAGAGGGAUAUUCAUGUCAAGUUGAUCAAACCUAAAUAAUAGAAUAAGAGGAAACCCAUAAAAAAACUUCCAUAGAAUCAAGAGCUAAGGAGUAAAAAUGGACCUUUAAGCAGAUUUCAAAUUGCCAGUGGAGGAGGAGGAUCUAAUAUGAGCAGGGAAACGGUUCCAGAACUGAGAAAUCUCCCUUACAGCGUGAACGGGACAGAAGGAAGUUGAUUGCAUAACCUUGGGGCAGAGUAUGCAUGAAGGAAUUUACAAAUAUAUUGUGCAGAAAUACCACGCUGGGCCGCUUUUA